GGCCUUUGGAGAAGGGCGGCCGCGGCGCAGACGCGGCGGCGCGACUUUGGCAGUGAAGAAACAUGGUGGCCCCGACUUUGACUGGGAGGUUGUACUCCCUGCUAUUCCGCAGAACCUCCACCUUCGCCCUUACCAUCGCCGUGGGCGCCCUGUUCUUCGAGCGCGCCUUCGAUCAAGGCGCGGACGCGAUCUACGAACACCUCAACCAGGGGAAGCUGUGGAAACACAUCAAGCAUAAGUAUGAGAACCAGUAGUUUCUCGGAGGCCCUCAUCCAGGCCAGAAGGACCAGGUCCACCCACCAGCUGUUUGCCCAGAGCCAGGGCCUCAGCUUGAAGAUGAGGCCCACCUCACUCUCCAUGGACCACCUUUAGCUGUUGGCAAGAAAUGGCUUCACCUGACAGACUCUAACUUCUGCUAUGUUUGAAGUAUGUUUAGUCAGAGUCAUCAGCAAAUAAAUGUAAAUUGUCCUUGA